AUGCACGUGUUCGUUGUGCCAGCGUCACCUAAAACGGGGCAGGCCACGAUCCGAGCCCUCCUACACGACGCAUCCCGUCCGUCCGUAACGGGGGUUUACAGAGACUUGGGAAAGGUACCUGCCGAGUUCCGGGACCAUCCGCAGUUCACGGCCGUCGAGGGCGACGUCGCCGAUGUCGGGACCCUCCGGCUCGCCGGCGCGGACGCCGUGGUGACCAUCACGCCGCCGCUGUACUCCGACGCCGAGCCGCUCGCGAGGGCGCGGGAGAUGGCGGCGAAUGUCAAGUUCGCCGUCGGGCGGACGAGCGGGUCUGUGAGGCGCCUGGUGUACGUGUCCAGCGUCGGGGCUGGCUUAGAACAUGGCACGGGCGAGAUCAAGACGAACUACGAGGCCGAGCAGGCCCUUGCAGGCGUUGCGCCGGAGGUGGUCUUUGUCCGGUGCGCCUACUUCAUGGAGAACUGGUCGGCGGCGCUCGAGACUCUCAAGGCCGAGCCGCCGUUCUUCCACUCCGUGGUGUGUCCCGAAGACUUUGAGAUCCCCAUGGUGUCGGUGAGAGACGUCGGCCAGACAUGCGCGGCACAGGCGCUCGGCGCGGGCUCGCCGCUGCGAUGCAACCCUCACGUCUUCGACCUGCAGGGCCCGCGGUCGUACUCGACGCGGGACGUGCAGAGGGCGUUCGAGGCGGCGACGGGGAGACGACGGGUCGAGAUCAGGAUGGUGGAGCACGGUCAGCUCGAGGGGUUCUUCGCCCAGGUCUUCCGGGAGCCGAUGGCCAGCAUGUUUGCGGAGAUGACGAGGAGUUUCCUGCCGGGCGGGAUCAUGGCGGCGGAUGCGUACGAGGGGACCGACGUGCAGAGGGGGACGGAGACGCUGGAGAAAAUCGUGAGGGAGAUGUUGGCGGGUUAA